AUGAGCGCGUCGGUGGCCGUGUACAGGAAUAUUUAUACCGAGGACCGGUUCAGGCAAACCUACGGUACGGAGGACAAGCCCGUCGGGCAGGAGAAGCUCCGUGAACGGGUGCUGAGGAGGUGCAGGUGCUCCCAGGUUUCUUGCUACAACCUGUUGAAGGAGAGGGUGCCGAUUUUCAACUGGUUGCCAAAAUACAGGCUCAAGAAAUGGAUUUUAGGAGACGCUGUAGCUGGACUAACAGUUGGCAUUCUUCAUAUACCUCAAGGAAUGGCGUUUGCACUGUUGACAUCCGUGGCCCCCAUCUAUGGGCUCUAUACAUCCUUCUUCCCCGUGGUCCUCUACAUGCUGUUUGGGACAGGGCACCACGUCUCCACUGGUACCUUUGCGGUACUGAGCCUGAUGACAGGUUCGGUGGUGGAGCAGCUGGUUCCGAGCCCUCUGGGCCUGAACGCCAGCAGUGCUGAGGCCGCAGACCUGGAGGCCCAGAGGAUAGGAGUGGCCUCCGCAGUGGCCUUCCUCUCAGGCAUCCUCAUGCUGGCCAUGUUCAGUCUGCAGCUGGGCUUCCUGUCCACGUACCUGUCUGAGCCUAUCGUUAAAGCCUUCACCAGCGCCGCUGCGUUCCAUGUGACCGUGUCUCAGCUGCAAAGCAUGCUGGGGCUGCGGUUACCGCGUUACACAGGGGCCUUCUCUCUCUUCAGGACAUUGGCGUCUGUGAUGGAGAGUCUUCCCCAGACUAACGUGGCAGAGCUGGUGAUCUCCCUGGUGUGUCUGGCCCUCCUGGUGCCUGCCAAAGAGGUCAACACGCGCCUGCGCCAUAAACUGCGGACACCCAUACCUGUGGAAAUACUCACGGUAAUAAUUGCAACUGGGGUGGCGUAUGGUUUCUCCCUGGACUCAAAGUACAGCAUUGAGAUAGUGGGCCACAUACCUGCCGGGUUCCCUCAGCCACGUAUGCCCUCCCUCCAGGUGUUGCCAGACAUCGCUGGGGACACCAUCGCCAUCACGUUUGUGGGCUACGCCGUAUCUGUCUCCCUGGCCAUGAUCUACGCAGACAAACAUGGCUACUCCAUACAGCCUAACCAGGAACUGUUGGCGUUGGGCGUGUCCAAUACAGUCUCCUCCCUCUUCACCUGCUUCCCAAGCUCUGCUACCCUGGCAACCACCAACAUCCUGGAGAGUGCAGGCGGACACACACAGCUGUCAGGUGUGUUCACCAGUCUGGUGGUGCUGGUGGUGUUGCUUCUGAUUGGACCUCUCUUCCACUUCCUGCCCAGAGCAGUGCUGGCCUGUAUCAAUGUGACCAGCCUCAGGCAGAUGUUUGUCCAGUUUCAGGACCUUCCCGAGCUGUGGAGGGUCAGCAAAAUUGACUUUAUAGUGUGGCUGGUGACCUGGUUGUCAGUGGUGGUGUUGAACGUGGAUGUGGGACUGGCCAUCGGUGUGGUAUUUUCCUUGAUGACUGUCGUCUGUCGCACGCAGAGGGCUGGCUGCUCGGUGCUGGGAAGGGCCUCCAACACAGAGAUCUACAGGCCGCUAGACAACCACAACAAGUGCUAUGAAAUCCCGGGCGUGAAGAUCCUGACCUACAACGGGCCCAUCUACUAUGGCAACCGCAGCUUCUUCCGGGCCGACAUGAGCCGCCUGCUGGGCCUGAGCCCCGAGAGGAUCCGGCGGCGCGAGAAGGCUCUCAAGGCCCUGGAGAAGCGCGACCAGGAGUCCAUCAGCACCGUGGAAAGAGGUGUGGCCAAUACUUCCUUCUCCUCAGAACACGAGUUCUUCAAAUCAGAGGCCUUAGAGAGUGAGGUGCAGGUGGCCCUGAUUGACUGUGGCAGUGUCAUAUUCGUGGAUGUUGCGGGAGCACGGCUCUUCAUACAGAUGUGUAUUGAGUGUCAAAAGGUUGGGAUGACAAUAUACCUGGCAAACUGCAAUGAGAGUGUGCUGAAGAUCUUCACCUCCUGUGGCCUGAUGAAGUACAUGAACCCUCAGCACAUCUUCGUGACCGUCCACGAUGCUGUGGUCCACAUCCAGCAGCAGAGGGAGAAGCCAUCCGAGAACAACCCGACUAUUUGGGUGUAAGGUGUCAUUUGAAGCGGUGGGUGGGAGAGCUCACCACAGCAGCACUUGGUGUGUACUUCCAACCAGGGUAUGGGAAGGCAGGCCAGCAGAGCAAAGAAAAGCAUCGACUGCCAGGCAGGAUGGAUGCGGACACAGAGGUGUAGCAGCACCAUGUUCUGGGCCCUAUACAAAUAAGCAGAUCAUAUGCCCCCCCCCUGAAUUCAAAUGGUAUUAAAAUAGACCCGCACACUGUUCACAUUUGCAUGGUUUACUGUGGCGUUUUAGACCGAAACGACGUAGUAAACCAUGCAAAUGUGAACAAUGUGCGGGAGAUUUCUUUGCUUUAAAGUUGGUGACCCAGGGGUUCGACUCCUACGCACCUGGCCAAAGGAGUGUUUCCUUCACUGGUCCUUUUUGCAAGGAUCCAAACUCCAUCAAUGCCCCAAACAUUAAGACCUUGAAAGCCUCAUUGGCUACGUUUUACAUGACAUGUUUAGUUCAGAAUUAAAUAAUUCCAUCGAGUUUACUUUGAUCUUUCAUUUAAUUCCGAAUUGUGAAGUGUUGUUUACAUGACGUUUUCAAAGCGGAAUUAAGCUUUAUUCAGAAUUAAAGUGAGUUGUCUCAUGUAAAAUGUAAACAUUGAAGUCACAUGGUGUGCACAUGGAAGGAGGAAACAAUAAGUGGUUCCUACUCUACUUGUAACUCACCGCACGAAUACACCGGCCGCGACCUGCGCGAGGUGAGCGACGAAAGUAAUUGACUUUGUAUUGAGUCAUGCGACAAAAGCAAUUCGGGCGACUAGAGGCGAUUUACGCGACGAGAGCAACAGUUUGUAGUUGAACUCCUGGGAAUAUUAUGCUAAUUAGCUAUGACGUGGUUCGGCGACAGCCGCCACAGCCAAAGGUAAUGUUAGAAUGCUUGCAUUCUGCUUUUAACGGACAUACUCUAGUCGCUUCAAUCGCUCAUAUCGCUCUUGCUGCACAGAAGUGAUUCUCUGUCGCUUGAAUCUCGUUGCGGCCGGUCUAUUCGCCCGGUCAGGCCUCACUUUCCCACCACAUGAUGGAAACCCUGGACAGUAUAACCGGCCUAAGGUUGAGAUCCCAACCUUGUCCUCUGGAUCGCAAUAGCAGAAUUAUCACGACUCAGUAGUUCCUGUUUUGAUGUAAAUAGCGUUACUGUAGCUGCAUUCAUCUCUUUAGAGAUGACAUCUCCCACACACCCACAAAGGUUGUGGUUGCCUUCGUAACCUCGUUUUGGGUAGGGUGCACACAUCCAAAGUCACUUGUUUCAGGUGCCACACAAAAGUGGCUGACAAGAAGGUAGGUCUGCACACUGUCGAACAGUUAAAACAGAAAUGUUUCUAUGCUUGACGAAGAUCGAGGGAGAUCGAAACGUUGCUGUUUUAAUUUAACAAACUUUCUUUUUUGGAGUUUGUUCCGCAGUGCGCAGACCUACCUACUUCAACUGCCUUAGGAACCUCUAAUAAGAUGAACCAUGUGCUGGAAUGGGCACCUGUUAUCUGUUAUAAAAGCAUAGGUGCCCGCAACGUACCAUACCAUCAGGCCCGAGGUUGGGAGUAAAAAAAAAAGUAAAUUAUUAUUGUUGUUGUCUAUGUUUUGUACUCAUUACAUUUCAGAUGUACUUCUUGAUGCUGGAACUAAAAUGACAUGUAUAUAUUUUUUGUCAUUAUUGUAUUAUAUUCUUUAUGUAUGAAUAAACAUUAAUUAUGUGCCCUUACACUGUAAAUUCUGUGUUUUGGUAACCAGAUAUACUCUUCACAUUGAUAGUGUGCAUGAUUACGCUUUGCAAUAGUAAAUUAUGAUGUGCUCACAGUAGAAAUCACACAAGCCACGAAAUGCAUUCCUGUCAACAUGCAGUCAAGGAUUUCCGUCAACACACCUGGAGUAAAAAGAAGACUUUCAGACAAAUAAUAAUUGAACUUCAUGUCCUUGUUUUCUCUCAGUUUUUAAUCAGACAUAGAUGGGUGCCUGGGCAUCCGACUUGGUUGAUUUGUGAUUAGUUUUGUUUUUUCCCCCUCUUGUAACCAGCAUCUAAAUUGGGUUAUGACAAAGCCUGCGAAACCAAUGGAAUGCACAUCAGAAGAACAGGGGAGGGGGGUUGAGACAGGGGGGUUGAGACAAGGUCAAAGGACAAGGUCAAAGGAUGCAAUUCACCUCUGCCAGCUUCCUAUAAGCCCCAUUGCCCACUCAUACGCCCACUCACUCCUCAACUAUUCACACACUUAAAGGUUCGAUUUGUUAGCAGGCUGAUAACAGUGACGUGGGAAAUUAAAUUAAAUACAAUAAAAAUAAAAACCGCACGCGCACACACACACACACAAACACACACUUCGGUUAAAAUAGCCAAGGUCAGUACUUUUUUCCUUUUUUUAUCAUGAGGACACAGACAAUGCAGCAUUUCUUUAAAAAAAAAAAAAGGAUUUGGCAUCACUAACUAAAAACGAAGCUUCCAGAGCACAGUGCAUAUGGCUCAAGGUCAAUCCAAAGUCAGUGCAAGUAAAUACAUGCGGCCAUACCAUCAUACCCCCCACACCAAUCCCCUACCAAGACAUCCAUAACACACCCACACACACAUUAAGGUUUUUUUUGUUUUUUUGAAAGAAAACACAUUUUACAUUGCUCUGGUCAAGAUGUAUAAAGACAGUUACGUGUACAUACAAGAAAGUGAGUGACAUUAUACAGUGUUGUAUCCCUGUGUGAACUAAAGAAAAGGAAUCUGCAUCAGACAAACUAAAAAUAACACCUUUGAUGAAAAGGACUUCUUGUCAUUAUUAUAUUGUUAUCCAGGGUCAGCUUUUGCCCGGCCUGUGGCAGUCAUCUGACCGAGCGUACCUAAAACAUAAAAUGUACGGUACUGGGGACCCAAUUCUGGGCCCCUGCUCUCCCUGGGCCCGGGACAACUGACCGCAUUUUGUCCCCCACAGUCGGCAUCCCUGUUAUUAACAAUACGUUCAUUUUGGCAUUGUGGAUACAUAAAGAAUUUUUAACUAGCCUGCAGUACUGACAUCUCUCGUCCGCUCUAUAAGCAGCUCUAUAUAUUACUUUUUUUGAUUGAUUGAUUGAUUGGUGAACGGAACUUCCCAACUGAUCCAGAAACCGGCUGGGAAAAGAGACGAACCCUAAUGUAAACACUGACAGUAAAGCACAUGCCGAAAACAAAAAACACCACAGACGUCUCUGCGUAGCAUUUAGUGAGUGAAAAGUGAUAGCAAGCAAGCAGCUCGAGAUCUGAAACGAGUCCGGGCACUAGCAGUGAGUGAGAUGGCUCUGCAUCCCACAGGAGUGGAGACAUGACGGCACUUUGACAAACACUGCCCUCUGCCGUUCGUCUGAUAGGCCUACCUUCUCUUUACACACACACGCGCGCACAUGCACACACACACACACACACACA